GACAGGCAGAUUGGCAUCGUCCGGCGUCGUCUGUAGAACAAGACCUUAACUUAGGACCCCACGGAACCAUCGCCAAGGAAUGCAGACCGCCGUCGCGCGCCUGGUGCUCGCCACGGGAGCGCUGCUGGGCCUGACGACCCCCCAACACGCGCCAGCACUCAUGUACUUGGACGACCCCAGGAACUACGCCCUGUACGCCCCGCAGCCGCCGGACUGGACUUCGCCCGGCGACUACGACGAGCCGGCAGACCAGUACCCCGACCUCCCCAGCACGCAGCUGCCGGACCCGGCCUCGCCCGCCCACCUCAACAACCUGAACUACUACAACCACACCUACGUGUUCCACCCGUACCCGCUGGCCGCGCACCCGCCUGCGCACUCGGGCCCCCAGAACACCCCCGGCAUCGUGUACGACUUGCGGCCAGACCCGGUGCCCCCUCCCGACAUCACUGGUCCGGUGGUCAAGGUCAACUUGACCGCUGCCCUGCGGUCACGCCUGCUCAGCCCUCGCCAGCGAUUCCAGCUCAUCGAGACUUUCUGGGGGAGAAUCCGCGACGUGGUCGACGUGGUGAUCCGCCAGCCGUCCCCUCCCCCCGCCGGCUCUGAAGACCCGGGGGAGACCUCGCCCGACCUCGGCGGACUGGACCCGUGGGCGAGCGACGAACCCCCUCAGCGGCCACCCCCGCUGAUAGAACUUUUUUGGGAAAAAUUCAGUGCCAUCAUGGAUGAAGUGAUCAACAGCCUCAAGACAGAACCUCUGGACACACCUAUCGGACUCUAGUUAGUCCGAGCAACUUUGGUGAUCUGGCUGGCUACGGCAGCUCCUGUUCGGCAACAUUCUGCCCGAACUACAACACUUGCCGAACUUGAGGUCUCAGGCCUUCACUGCAGAAGCCGAGUGGCAUGCCAGAUAAACUGAUGUAGCUAAUCAUUUAUUGAUUGUUAUUGUGUAACUGGAAAAAAUUCAACAUGUCAAUAUACACAUUUAUAUAUAAAUGGAUGUGCGUGUCUGUAUAUUUCACCUUGCAGCCACACCUAACUACCCGCCGGAUAGCAUUGAUGUUGAGAGUGGUAGCAGCCUCGAGUCUCCCAUCGUGCUCUAUGGUAGCUGUGGUGGUUGCACGUGUUUGACCAUUUCGACCAAAGUGUUCUACAAAAUCUUCGGAAUCUCCCACAAUCUUCGGGAUUUCUCCAGUUCGGUGCGUGUGCCUGCAAGUUGACCCCCGACCACCGAACAGCUACCACUGACCACCCGUCUCACAUCGAGUGAGAAUAUACUAGAAUGUUCUCGCAAUGUUCAUGAGAGUUUGUUUACAUCCAUGGAUGCUUACAGUGCUAAAUAUUGUAGUGGAAGAGUAUGUUUUUUUUGGACAAGAAUUCAAAUUAAUAUCUAUAAAUAGCCAUCAACUAUCCUUAUUAUUUAAUUAUGCUGAAAAAGCGAUUUUAACAUCUGAAUUAUUUCUUUGUUUCCAACUGAACUGUACUUCUUUCGUAUUUGCAACAUCCUGCGGGUUUUUCUUGCUGCAUUGAAAUACUCUUGAAGGUUAAGUCGCUUUUUGAAAAUUCUUGUUCCCAGAAUAAUGUUUUUGUGUUGAUCACACAAUAUCAUAACAAAAAAGAUUUAAUACAUGACAUUGAUAAAAAAAAUUUUUUCUCCUAUUGCAUUAAGAGGCACACUCCUAUAUACUAGUGAGCAUACAUGAACCCAGUCAUCCCAUCAUCUCUAUACCGAAAAUGAGAUAUUAUGGUAGUAUAUAUUAAAUGGUUUAUAUCAAUUUUAUGGUGUGAUAUACGGCUCUAGUUCAGAUUAUGUGAAUCCCUAAAAGUACACAAAUUUUCUUCAUAAGCUUUAAUCCUUUGUCACAAUUUUUUCUGGUGUAUCAUGUCAAGUUAUUAUUUCUUUCACAAAGUGUUUCGCAAGUAUUUGCUGUUUUCACCUGGGAUACAGACUGUUUUUGAACACUAGGGAAAGUAUCCUGGCAAGGGACUAUACCUAUAUGUUAUAACAAUCAGUAAUAGUUAAGACUGUGAUAAAUAACAACAAAUGCCAUCAGUCCAUCCGAAAUCGCAAUACUCCAAGUUUGUAUGUAGGAUCCAUUCUGCACGAGGACUGCAAAAGAAAUGUAAAAGAUAAAGUCUUUAAUGGUGGCACGCCAAUUCUGUGUUAGUUGUCUGUGCCGAGCAGGGCGACAAAACAGUUAAAAGACGAUCCAGGUUUGAACAUAGUCUAUCUUUCUAGAUUUGGUUUUCACCUUUUCCAGAAAUCACUGCAGUGAAAUGCUGGAAUGACUCCUGGCGAUGGAUAGUCUACAAUUCACAGGGAUGUAACUGACAACCUAAACCCGAAAUUUUCCGAAUUUUACCGAAGUGAAAUGCUUAUUUAUUUAUAGGAGGGUGGGUUAGGUUGGGAUAUCAUAUCAUAACUAGAAUGAAAUGGGUUUAGGUUAGGUAAACAUUAUUUAAAAUACUCUAUGACCGUAAAAUAUAUAAAUCCUGGUAAUAGGGUGUUUAUUCACGAGCGAUCGGUAUACUUCGGAGAACUUCGGAACUGUUCGGGUGUGGCUUUCAUCCCGUGUAUUGUUCUGCUUCCCCCUGACAAUGGGCCAUGGCUUGUAAAAUAAGUAUCUGUCUCUAAUGACGUCAUUGUGAACAAGGAGACGUAAGCUCUAAUACCAACCUGCCUAUCCAACUAAAAACGUUUUCUUAGUGGCAAUAUAUUUUUGUAGUAUUUUCUUUUCCUUCAGUAUUUUGUCUAAUACUGCCCUAAUGGCAGUUCCCCGCACUAUUAAAAGUCUAAAUAAUGAGGAAGAAGUCAUCGGGUUACUUAAGUAUAUAGUUUAUAUACAAAACAUUUCUUAAUUGAUCUUUUAUUUUUGCUUGUCAUCUGUCAAACAUUACUAUUCCUUCUUUUUCAGCUCAUUCAGUGACUGUGUUGUUAGGUAACUUUUUUUUAUAUAUUUCCUGUACUAGCCAAGAAGUCCCAGGAACUAUAUUACAUAUCUUAUGAAUUUUUUUUUUUGGAAUAUGAUACAUUGGAGAUCCGCUUACUUUCUCUCUAUCAGCUCGUAUCCUCAUAUUAUGGCUUAAAUAUUUUGGUGUUUCUAGAUUAAAAUGCAAUUUUUCUAGCUUGAAUUUUAAUUAUCAGCCCUAAAUCUUUUUGGUUGUUAAUCAUAUGUACUCCAUUGUAUUAAAAGUAUUUUAAAUGUUACUAAUAUAACAAAAAUUCCACACGCUA